AUGGCUCUUCAACUGCUUUUGGUCCUCUUGGCGUUCGCAUCUCCCAUCGUGUCGCUUAUACCAAGUUGCCAGGACCCCAUUGUUCGCAAGGAAUGGCGCAGUCUCUCACCUUCGGACCAGAUGUCGUACCUCGACGCGGUGGAUUGCAUCCUCAACAAGCCAUCCCUCACUCCUCCGUUCAAUGGCUCAGGCGUCAAGUCCCGCUACGAUGACCUUCUCUACACCCACAUUCAGCAGACCUUUUCCAUCCACUAUGUCGGUCACUUCCUCCCGUGGCACCGCUACUUCGUCGCGACAUACGAGCACAUGCUACGGACCGAGUGCGGAUACGAUGGCGCUCAGCCGUACUGGGACUGGACGCUGGAUGUGGGCAGUGACGAGGCCUUUGUCAACUCUCCGGUGUUCAGUGCAGAACUCGGCUUCGGCGGGAAUGGUCCCUAUGUCGAAGGAAGCUCUUCGGACCCAUUUGCUGUUCCCGGCCGGACAGGCGGUGGGUGUGUCUCUGAUGGACCGUUCUCGGGCAAGGACGACAUUGUCCACCUUGGUCCAGCAAGCAGCGUCGUCUACAACCCGCAAUGCUUGAAGAGAGAUCUGAGUCCUAGCUUUGCGAGACGGUACCUCGGCAUGAACCAGACUGUUUUGACGCUCAAUCAGACUGAUUAUGGCUGGUUCGACAGAGUCGUCGAAGGAGGCCCGAGUUUUGAUGCUUCUGGAAUCCAUGGGGGGCAGAUGGGAGACCUCUACGCUUCACCAGCGGAUUCCAUAUUCUAUUUACACCAUGCCAAUCUCGACCGCGUGUGGUGGUCAUGGCAGAGCUAUGAUCUAGAGAGUCGCCUCCAAGAUAUCUCAGGGCCGAUCUUCCUCAUGGACUAUGACAACGUCCAGGGAGGCAACGUCACCCUGGACUUUGACAUGACUGUCGGAGUGAGCGCUCCCAACGUGACGGUUGGAGAUGUCAUGGACAUCAAAAGUGGCGCCAGCGAUGGGAUCGUUUGUUAUACCUAUGACGAGCUGUAUGUUCUUUAG